UUGCUUUGCAACCCUGGCAAGUGGUGAGCAGUCACAUCGGAGCAUCUAUCAACAUCCAUCGAGCUGGACUCCCUCAAAUAGCCAGUACAAUGAAGGCAGCGGAUGAGCCUGCCUACCUGACUGUGGGAACUGAUGUUAGCGCAAAGUACCGCGGUGCCUUCUGUGAGGCAAAAAUUAAGACUGUCAAACGGAUGGUCAAGGUUAAGGUGCUACUCAAAGGAGACACCACCUCACAGGUUGUCCAGGAUGACCAGGUCAAAGGGCCUCUGAGGGUGGGCUCCACAGUUGAGGUGAAGAGCACAGAGGGAGUCCUGAGCGAGGCCGUCAUCAACAAACUCACAGACGCCAGCUGGUACACCGUGGUGUUCGAUGACGGAGACGAGAAAACACUGAGAAGGACGUCGCUGUGCCUGAAAGGCGAGAGACAUUUUGCUGAAAGCGAGACUUUGGACCAACUGCCCCUCACCAAUCCGGAGCACUUUGGCACUCCCGUCAUUGGGAAGAAGACAAACCGCGGCCGCAGGACCUCCCAGGCUGUUGCGGAUGAGGAGAAGGAGUCUUCGUCGAGCGAGGAUGAGGAGGAUGACAGGCGGCGGCUCAGCGACGAGCUGCUGGGGAAGGUGGCCAGUGUACAGAGCGGCAACUCCUCCUACAUGGCGCUGGUUAUAUCUCCCAGCUGCAAUGACGACCUGACUGUCAAAAAGGACCAAUGUUUAGUGAGAUCUUUUGCUGAUUCCAAAUUUCACACCGUGGCAAGAAAAGACAUCCAUCAGCUGAACAUAGACAGCAUAUCGAAGUCGGAGUACUCUUCCAAGAAAGGGCUCGAGGGCGCCGUGCACUUCCUCAAGACCAAGGAGGUGCCGGAGAGCUGGAAAAUGGACAUGAGCGAGAUCCUGGAGUCGUCCAGCAGCGACGAGGAAGAGGAAGACCGAGGCAAAGAGAGCGAGGAAGAAGAGAAGGCGGCCCAGGCUGACCAGCCUGACGAUGAACCAGACCCAGAGGAGAGGGACCACUUCCUACAGCAGCUUUACAAAUUUAUGGAAGACAGAGGAACCCCCAUAAACAAGCCUCCUGUGCUGGGCUACAAGGAUCUCAACCUCUUCAAGCUCUUCAGGCUGGUGCAUCAGCAUGGAGGUUGUGACAAAAUUGAAAGCGGCUCCGUAUGGAAACAGAUCUACAUGGACCUGGGGAUUCCAGUCCUCAAUUCGGCUGCCUCCUACAACGUCAAGACGGCCUACAGAAAGUACCUGUAUGGCUUUGAGGAGUACUGCCGGUCUGCUGGCAUCACCUUCCGCACUGUCCACCAUAAUGACCCACGUCCUGUCGUGGCGCCCAGCGAGCAGCAGAAUCCCGUGAAGCAGGAGCCCGCCGACACUCGUCAGGAGUCCGAGACGGCAGCUGCCGCCGCCACCGACGACAAACCAGCUGCCGACGAGGACGACUCCGAGGCAGAGAGCGAAAAAGCCCACAAAGGAGUCUCCUCACCGAGGGGUCGGCGGCGGUGCACGCUGACGCCGGUGAAGGUGGAGACCAAGGAGCCCACGCGCCAGGAGCGCCAGCUGCACCAGCAGCAGCAGAGAGAGGAGCAGCUGCAGCGGCAGCAGCGGAAAGAGGAGCGCGAGCGGGAACGGGAGCGCGAGCGCGAGAGGGAACGCGAGGAGCGCGAGAGGAAAAGGGAGGCCCGCGCCGCAGGGGAGGGCAGCGAGGAAGAGGAGGACGAGGAGCAGCAGCAGCAGCAGCAGCAGCCCCCGCCGCCACCGCUGCCGCAGCAGCAGCAGAGGGACAGGAGGGAGCAGGAGGGAGACGGCCGGCCCGAGCCCCCCAGCAAGAGACGCAGCCGCCGAUUCGAGGAGUCGGACAAGGAGUCGGAGGACGAGGAGCAAGAGGAGGAUGAUGACGAGGACGAAGACGACGGAGAGAGGUCCAGGACCCAGGAACGGGGUGAGAAUGAAGACGGUGACGAAGACUCCGAGCACUCGGUUACCGGAACAAAGGUGCGCGUGAAGUACGGACGGGGCAAAACCCAGAAGAUCUACGAGGCCAACAUCAAAAACACCGAGACGGACGACGGAGAGGUGCUCUACCUGGUGCACUACUACGGCUGGAACGUUCGCUAUGACGAGUGGGUGAAGGCAGACAGGAUAAUCUGGCCUGUUGACAAAGGAGGAACAAAGAGGAAACAGAAAAAGAAAGUCAAGAAUAAAGAGGAUGGAGAAAAGGAGGAGGACAAGCAGGCCAAGAUGGUGCCGAAGAGGGGCCGGCCCCCGCUCAAGUCCACUCCUCCCAGUGCCUCGCGCAGCGCCUCCAAGACCCCCAGCAACGAGAGCCGCUCGGGCAGCAAGAGCUCCCACCAAUCCGACCCCUCGGCUCUGCCCAACGGAGACGGAACCCCCCGGAGACGCACGAGGAGGACUUCAGGGAUGUACGACUCCGACCGAGGAUCUAACGAUUCAGGGAAUUCUUCCGAGGACAGCGAUAGCGAAGACCUGUCGGACAAAAAGCCGGACUGGGCAGAGGGUGCGGACCAGGCCGUAGCGUCCAAGCAGGAGGAAGAGGAGGAGGAGGAAGACGAAGAGGAGGAGGAGGAGGAAGAAGAGACAGCCUCGGUUGCACCAGCGGCGGAGGGAGGAAGCGCAGCUGAAGCGGCGCCCGCAGCAGCUACGGCGGUGACCACGACGACGACCGCGGCAACGGAUGUCGAGGCUCCCAGCAGCCCUGCGCAGAAGCCCAAGUCCUCGGAGACGCAGGAAAGCGGCGACAAACCAGAGGAAGAGCCUGUGGUGGCCAACCUCACCGCAACGACUGCAGUAGCAGUAGCAGUAACAGCAGCAGCAGCAGCAGCAGCAGCAACAACCUCCACCACAACACCGCCACCAUCGGCUCCUUCGACUCCAUCGACUCCAGUAAAAUCAUCAGUGCCCGUGACUCCUGAGCCGGAGGAGAAGUUGACCCCCAGGUCAAAAGCACGCAGGGGGCGCCCCAAAGAGCCCGGUGCCGAGACCCCCACCCAGCCCGCCGUGGCGGCGGCCCCCACGUCCACCCCCGCCACCCCGGCGGCGCUUCCGGAGGGGGACACCCCCGGCAGCCUCCCGCGGCCCUCCAAGAAGCCCCAGGAGGCCGUGCCCGUGUCGCCGCAGCUGGCCCAGAGCGAGCGGGAGCGGGAGAGGCCCCGCGCGCCGGCCGACUCGGACACGGACUCGGCCACCGAGGAGGUGGACGCCGAAGAGCACAACACCAGCGCCGUCAGCGGCGUGAGCGCCAGCCCGAUCAACAACAACAACAGCGGCGGCAGCGGCAGCGUGGUCAAGCGCAAGGCCACCGAACAGCGCUCGCCCGAGAAGCGGGCGCGCCUGGAGACCCCCGCCAAGACCCUGUCGCCCGAGAAGAGAGCCCCCGAGACGGAGAGAAGGAGCGAGGGAGCGUCCAAAGGAGGAGCAUCAUCAGAGCACCUCGCUUCGCCCACAGCGGCGGUGGCGGCGGCGAACGCAAUGGCGGCGUUGUCAGCGGUGGUGCCGAUCAGAGAUUCGGAAGUGAAGAUCGAGAUGCCGUCCCUGACCCGGGAGGUUCAGGCCAAAACGGAGUCGGGCACGACCAGCUCCGUGCCCCCCCAGAUGGAGCCGUCGUCGGGCCGGGACGAGGAGAUGAUGCCCCAGAUCGGCCCCGAGGUGCUGGUCUGCUACGAGGUGGACCUGGACGACCUGGACGAGAAGGAGAAGCCCGCCGGCGACCUGCUCCUGCCCGCGAGCCGAGGCGGAGAGGUGAAGAGCCAGCUCCCGCCCUCGUCCUCCGCCUCCUCCUCGUCCUCGUGCACGUCGUCGUCCUCCAUCUCCUCCCACCUGCCGCUCGGCGCCACGGCCACCUCCCAGGCGCCCCAGCGGCCGUCGGCCGUCUCGUCCUCGGCCUCCCCGCCGACCUCGGCCGCCAGCCCGGAGUCGCACAGCACAAAGAGCGAGAGCGACGUCACCAUCGAGGUGGACGGCGAGUCGCAGGAGGGCCUCGGCGAGGCCGAGUCCAUGCACGGCUUCGACGCCAGCGCCAGCUCCAGCAACUCCAGCCUCUCGAUGCAGGAGCGCGACACCAAGGAUAGAGGUCAGAAGAGGUUGACUGACGGCAACAGCAGCUCUGCUUCCAAGAAGGUGAAGCGCAACCAGAAACGCUCCAGCACUACCGCCAAGACUGAAAAGAAUGGAACAGGUCACAGCAGCGACAGUGAGGACCUGCCGGUCACGGACCCCUCCAAUAAGCUGACCCCCAUCAAGCACUCCAGCAUAGCCAGCAAGGCCCAGAAGCAGUCUCGCUCCCCCGGCACGGUGUCCCCCAACAGCAAGGAGCUGGACAAGGACAAGCACAAGGACAAGCAGGCCUUCCCUUCCCCACGCACAUACAAGUGGACAUUCCAGCACACUGAGCUGGACAACAUGUCGAGCGCAGAGCGGAUCUCCUUCCUCCAGGACAAGCUGCAGGAGAUUAGGAAGUACUACAUGUCCCUAAAGUCCGAGGUGGCCUCCAUCGACCGCCGGCGCAAGAGGUUAAAAAAGAAAGAAAGAGAAGUGUCCCACACCACAGCUUCCACUUCCUCUUCCUCCGACACGGGCAUGAGUCCCUCGUCGGCGUCGCCCACUCAGAACACAGUUGCCGUGGAGUGCAGGUGAUGACACGCCCGUGGUGGCCCCUCCUACCCAGCCUGACCCCUCUCCCAGACCUCUGCCUUGUCAGCGUUGCGCUGCCUUCCCCUGCAGUCACACCAAACGCCGGGCCAGAGCCAACGGCCAAUAGCACUCGACUGCCCCGCCUAGCCCCUCCCUCCCUCCCCUGUCCAUCACCACCUGGCCACUCCCACUUCCUGCACUUUGUAAAAAGAAAGAAAGAAAAAACUGAUCCUGCCUCUCUCUCUCUUUCUAUCUCUCUUUGUCUCUCUCUCUCUCAUACUUUGAGCUCUCAACCAGUUGCAGCAUCAGGAGAAAGGAUUUCAUGUGAGACAGAAUGUAACACACAAACACGACUACACAAACAGGCAAACACGCAACUGUCUUGUGUACAUGCAGUACACACACAGCCACACCCCACACACACAAACAUACACACACACACACGCACUCUCAACCCCUCUUACUCUGCAGCAUCCAUACAGUGCACAGAUACACUUCACACCACUGUCCAGUGUACACCGAAUACAAGGCACUUUCUCCUCCAUCCUUUCCGCUCCCCCUCCCCGCUACGCCUUUACACCCCUGAGAUUCAGAGAUCCACCUGCGGUGGCCCGUAUGUUGGGGCUGGUAUGGAUGCAGUAACAAACAAAACAAACAAACAAACAAACAAGCAAAAGAAAGAAAUCCUCCCACGUUGUUCCUUGAGCAGGAUAAGGUUAGUUCAUGGCAUCAUCACUAGUUAAGACGCUCCCUUUUGUGGUUUACUUAACCAGCUGGACAUGGUUAUCAAGGAAAGACGAUUGAAACAAAUGAAAAAAGGUCAAAAUUUUUCUUCGCUUGCUCCAUCAGAACUGCCAAAGUACACGUGUUACAGCAGAGUGCCCUAUUUUGGAAAAAAUAACGAGGACAAAGUCAGUUGCAAAGGGGAAUGUAGUGUACUGAAAACUGUAGCUGCUGUCUUCCACUCUUUGUAAAACAAGUGCGAGCACAGAUAAGUAUGCAAAAGUUAUUUUUGUCAUCCCUUUUUAAUAGAAAAACGAUUCUAUAGAAAAACAAAAAAAAGCAGAUGAGAACGUACAUGUUUACAGUGGAAUGCAGGACAAAAGAUGUUUUCAGUGGACUCAUUUCCUUUUGCGAGUGUCUUUUGUCAUUUUAUAUGUAAUUGCAGAGUUUUUAUUUUAGUACAGGAAAAAAAAAAAAAGAAAAUUUCAAAAAAGUAUAUACGGCAGCCGUGAAGUUAUUUAAAUUAAAUAUUUCUAGUGCUGGCAUUUCAUUUCUUUUGUGUAAAAUAAAAGGUAUUAUUUGCAACUUGUUAAAUAUAUUUAUUCAGUCCAUAGAAGCGCAGUGUUUUUUGUUCCCCUCCUUUAAAACAAUACUGAGACAUUGGCACCUCCCCUCUCAUCAGUUGGGUCCUUGAGAUGGUUUGAUGCUGACGAAUGUUAUGGACUCAACUGAAGGCAAGCUUUGACUGUGAUGUCACAACUGGGUAACUACUGUGCAGUUAAAUAUUGCUAUGAUGACAACCCCCAACCCCCCUUCUUCCAUGCACACAGACACACACCCAUCUUUAAUGCCAUUGAGCCCAAAACUCUUCACACUUUUCUCCGUGAGCUGACUCGUAAGAAUGCCACCAUUUGCCGGUGGCUCUCGUUUUUUGUUAUUUUCAUUUGGACUCCCUCCUCCCCAUUUUGUUCUUAUUUCCUGGUACUUGUAUUUGUAAUUAUUUAAGUUUUUUUUCCUUCUCCAGUAUGAAUUCUGACCAACUCAAUAAAACUGUUGCUUAUUGAACAUGUACGUAUUAGCCCAGGGGUUCUUACUAUGAUUGUUUCUUUUGUACAUAGAUCUUCCAGAACCAUGUAUUUGAAAAAUACAUUUUACACAAACUGUAAAAAAUGAUUUAUAUUAUUUUUUAAAAACAAUACAUCUUUGUAUAUGAAAUACCUUUCCUUUUUUCUAUGUCAAGUUGGUAGAAGCAUUAGCAUCACAUCUUUAAACUGUAUAUAUAAUCAAUCAUUGGUCUUCAGUGAGAGCUUUUGAGCCAAGACUGCCUAGACUGGUGGAAAUGUUGAGUACACCUGAACAUGUCCAUGUUUAGGACCUCUCUUCAUUCAAUUGAAUGGAAGAACUCUUCCACUGACAAUUUCUCUUUGGAUUUCCUGUAUGAAGGAUAAACAAGGUAUUAGGUUCUCUUGAGCAAAGCCAUUGUAUCUUUAUGUAAAAUAAGCAGAGCUCUCAUUUCUAAUAAAGUUUGAAAUAUAA